AUGGCCAAUAUUUCAUCGUUGAUUAGACACUCUGGUAUUUGGAACGACGAGAAUAAAGAUGUCAAUUACAAAAUCGAUGCUGUGACUUUCAAGGAGUAUUCGACGUAUGAGGAAUUGUUACAAACAGUUGCAACCCAAUUGAAUUUGGACAAGAAAAUGAAAAACAUAAGCAUAAAAUACAUGGUUGAAGGUGAUUAUAUUCCAAUGGAAAUUCACAAUGACAUGGGUGUUAGGGUGUAUAUGGAACUGAAGAAAGAGAACAAAGCAUUACCAAUAUACACGAAUCAAACAGUUGGUUCCCGUGAUUUUGCAUCAUCAAGCUGUGGAAAGGCUGAUUUGUUAUUCGAAAACAACAAGGGUAUGGUUAUUAAUGACAAGAACCAAAAAGUAGUUGCCGUCGAUCAAGUAUACAAGGAUAAAGAUACAUUAAAAGUUGUGAUGGUGAAUUAUGCAAUUACGAACAGGUUCAACUAUCGGACAGAAAGGAGCAAUGCAAUAAGCUACACUCUUGUGUGCGUAUCAGGAGAGUGUGAUUGGAAAUUCAGGGCGUCAAGUGUCGGUAAGUCAGGAAUGUUUAGAGUUAGGGAGUUUCAAGACAAACAUACAUGUCCAUUAAAGGUUUAUUCCCAAUGCCAAGCUAAAAGUCGGUUGAUAAGUGAGAUUGUCAAACCAAAAAUAUCAAAUCAUAAGAGGAAAUAUACGCCUAAAGACAUUGCAGAGGACGCCAAAAAUGAUUUUGGAAUGGAUGUGUCGUACAUGGUUGCUUGGCGGGCCAAAGAAAGGGCGAUGAACGAUUUAAUGGGUGAACCGGCUGAAUCUUAUAAAAGACUACCUGGAUAUCUAUACAUAUUGGAUAAGACUUACCCGGGUUCACAUAUUAGAAUGCGUAAAACCCGCGAAAAUGAAUUUAUGUAUGUUUUUAUAGCACUAUAUGCAUUUAUCAAAGACUUUGAUUAUUGUCGGCCAAUUGUGGUGGUUGAUGGAAGCCACUUAAAAACACCAUACAAUGGAACAUUUGUCUCGUCAAGCACAUUAGACGGUGCAGGCAACAUACUUCCCUUAGCAUAUGGUGUGAUUGAUUCUGAGAAUGACAGAUCAUGGACGUGGUUUUUUGAGCGUUUCAGAGAAUCAUAUGGAAUUAGAGAGAUAUGUGUAUCGUAUCAGAUAGGCAUGAAAGCAUACACGCAGGAUGAUUUCGAUGAGUUAAUGGGAAAGGUUCAAAAGGUAGAUAUGCGCGUGGCAGAGUAUUUGGAAUCGGCUGGUAGAGACAAGUGGGCUAGAUUGUAUGCAUCUGUUAACCGAGGGUGGACAAUGACUUCUAACAUAACAGAGUGCAUUAACCGACAUCUUCUAGCAGCUAGAGAACUGCCUAUAUAUGACUUUCUCGAAGAAGUUAGAAGGAUGUUUGGAAGAUGGAAUUACAAUAACCGGAGAAAUGGAACAUACGCGUUCACUACACUCGGUAAAAAGUUUCAGGAGAUGCUAUCAAUCAACGAGUAUCUAUGUCUAAGAAUGAUGGUAGAACCGUCAACCGAAUUCGUGUACACAGUACAUGAUGGAGGACGGCGAUUCAUUCUUAAUUUGAAUAGCAAAACUUGCAGUUGUCGUAUGUUUCAACUAGAUGAAAUCCCCUGCCCGCAUGCAUGGGCUGUCAUUAAAAAGAAAAAUCUAGUUGCUGAGGAUUAUUGCUCUGAUUUGUUCAAACCGGAGACCGUGUUGAAGACAUAUGAUGUACCUGUGGAUCCUCUACCCGACUAG